GCCACGCCGUCGUCUCUGCUGCUCCUCCUAGCGAGAUUGGGAGGGCAUGAUCGCGUGCACGUGCUGUGAAUGCAUCUGGUCCCUGUGCAUAGCUGAAUGCGUCGUUCUUGAAAGGAUUGCCACGUCAGCGGUUUUCUCCUUGCCCCCUCUUCGUUGUGCAUGUGACUGCAUCUGGUCCCUGUGCAUAGCUGAAUGCAUCUGCAGCAGUCGACGGUGUAUUACGCGUUGUGGACACGUGGCUUAUUUCUCUAAUAACACAUCGGUUCUUCCACGUGGCGUCGUUUCCCGUGAGGAGUUACUCGCUGCCUUCCCUGGCGCAGUCCACGUGGCCUCGUUUCAUAAUUCUUAAUCUUAAAUUGCUUGUUGAAUUGUGCCACGUGGCGUUUUCGUGCUUUGGCCUCUGCAUGUGUCUGCGCCUGCUGUGUCUUUUGGGUGCCUGUUGUGUCUGUUGAGUUUGCGCUGUCUGUGUGUGUGUGUGUGUGAGAGAGAGAGAGAGAGAGAGAGAGAGAGAGAGAGAGAGAGAGAGAGAGAGAGAGAAUGUGGGCUCGGUGAUCAUCAUUGCCGUGUCGUCUGCGCGCCUGUGUGUGUGUGUGUGUGAGAGAGAGAGAGAGAGAGAGAGAGAGAGAGAGAGAGAGAGAGAGAGGAGACAGAUGUGGAGUUGGUUAUAAAUCUUGUCGUGUCCACGUGGCAACCGCUCUGAGGCAAAGAAGGCAGAAGUGGAUAUGGCGACCUUGCAACAAGUGGGAGUCGGGACAGGUGCAGUCCACGUGGCGACGUCCCAGCUGGAGUUGGUUCUCGCUGCCGCUGCCACUACUAAAUCAGUGGACCCUCUUCUGUGCUUCGAUCUGCUCAACAAACUUCUGGUAGCAAUCGAGAAUGACCCAAGAGAAUUAUUAUGCAUGGCCCAACGGAAGUGCGAGGAUGUGCUACAGGGGCUGCUUCUUCUGGGUAGCCGUCCGCCCAUACGAAGAAUGAUCUCCUCGGCGCUCGUGAAGUUAAUAGAGAAGGGCGAUGGCAUCUCGGUGUAUUCGCGUGUCAGCAGCCUGCAAGGAUGGCUUUCAGAUAAAGCCGACAAGAGAUUGGCUCCUUCCUGCUACCAAGGGGUGGCUCAGUGUCUUGGGGCGCUGACGAAAUCUUUUGGUCAGAAGCUGUCCUCCUCGCUUGCAGAGACUGCCAGCAUCGUGUCAAAGCUGAUGAAGUAUUCAGAGGUGAGUGUGAGACAAGCAGGAAUGAAGCUGCUCCAGAAUGCAGUAGAGGGUACACAGGGACUGGGUUCGGCAAAUGCAUAUGCGGAAGUAGUGCGGGUGAUCACAAGGCUUGGGAGCACUGACCGCUCGCCUGCGGUGCGUGCCACGGCAGCUGGCUCUCUCCGCGUCCUGGCUAAUGUGGGAGGUCCUGGUCUUGUGGGACCGGGGAUAGAUCUCUGUGCCGCUCUGUGCAUUAAGGCUAUGGAGGAUCCUGCUCAGAGUGUCAGGGACGAAUUUGCUGCGGCACUGGGGGCACUCUUGGCUCUUGGAUUGCAUCCAAAUAAGCAGGUGCAACCAAGAGGGAAGGGUCCAGUGGUAGCACCUAAAGCAAUGGAGGGGGCAGUGCAGAAGUAUUUGGUCGCACCAUUUACACGAGCUGCUGGUACAAAGGCAAGGGAUCUACGAAUGGGUAUUGCAAUGGCCUGGGUUGCUUUCCUGCAGGCUCUUCGUUUGAAUUACGGAAUGAGUGACCUAGAUCUCCCAGCAUAUGGCAUGCAAGCUCUGAGCAUGCUUGCACCAAAUGCAAAGGCAGUCGUCGAUGGGCACGCACAGGCAUGUGUCCUAUACGUUUUGCGAGUUGGAGUUGUGGAGCAGAUGAGUGAGUCUGCAGAGAGAGAGCUCAGUUCACUUCUUGUGAAAGAGCUCUCUGUGGCGGACAACUCGACGUCAAUGCUGAUUGUCACACUCCGGGUCUUAACUCAUCUGCUGAAAACUCUUGGUGAGGUGACUGCGGAGGCGAAAGUGGCCUUUGAUGAGUCCCUCACGAAGGUCCUUUCACACCCAUCAGAAAUGGUACGGGUAGAGGCAGCCUUGACUGUACGGGCGCUGGCGGUUGCAGAUCCAACAAGUGUGCAUGGGUUAAUGUCUUGUGGAUUGACUGCUUUGCGAGCCCUGCGAGACUCUGCUACUGUGGAAAAGGGGGACAAGUUGAAGAGUGACCUCGAUUCCCUUCAUGGACAAGCUGCGAUGCUGUCGGCUUUGCUGACAGCGGCUCCACGACUCCCUCUUGGCGUUCCUUCCAGGUUGCCGACAGCAAUUUUGGAUGUCGCAAGGCAAAUGGUAUUGCAGCCAGACACAAAGAAGGCCCAGGCCACUGCGGUCGAAAAGGAAGCUGGUUGGAUGCUUGUAGGGGCACUGGUGUCGUCUAUGGCGAAAGAGGAGUUGAAAGAACAUCAGUUUGAUCUGCUAGCUCUGUGGGCCGUUCCGUUUGGAGGAAAUUGCAUGGAGCGGCUUAAGAGGACUUCAACGGACCUUCAGUCUGAGCUCACGUGUUGGUCUAUGGCAAUGGAGGCAUUAACAGCUUUCAUAAAGAGUCAUGUGGUGCCAAGCUUGUCGCCUGACUUGGAAUCGGUUCUGCUAAAUCCUGUCCUGGGCUAUUUGUCUGGUGCGUUGGUAUAUGUUUCCUCGCCAACAUUGCAGGAGGCACCGGCAUCACUGCGACCAGCUGUUGAGCUUCUGACGAUACGGACUCUUGAUGCAUUCCGGUCGCUUCCGGAUCCAGUUCUGUACAAGAAUGAUCACCAUUCUCUGCUAGCUUUAUGUAUGUCUCCUUUCAGCGAUGCAUCUACUGUUCCGGGAAGCACAUGUUUGCGGGAACUUCUUGAUGUGCGGGAUGCUUCACUCGGCCCUUGGGUGCCUGGAAGUAGCUUACCGUCCAUUGAUGACAAACUUCUUGACGUGCGGGAUGCUUCACUCGGCCCUUGGGUGCCUGGAAGGGAUAGUCUUGAAGAUGAGCUCAGAGCCUUUGAGGGUGGCUCGGAUGCCCUCCUUCCGUGCAUUUGGGAGCACGACACACCAUUCUUCCCACAGGCUCUUCCGCAGCUCAUCUCAUUGGUGAAUUCAAUGCUGCUCUGUUUUGGCAUCGUCUUUGCAGCUCAGACAGAGAAGAACAAGCUGCACCUGUUGGACUUGAUGCUCAACUGCAUGAAGCAGGGCCGGAAGCAGAGUUGGCGAAAUGCAAACGCUACCAAUGUCUGCGUUUCUCUUCUUGGAGGAUUAAAGGCGUGUGUGACUCUCAAGGCCUCCAGUGAGCCAGAGGUUGAAUUAUGGAAGCGUGUUCAGGAGCUUGUACAGAGUGUGCUGUUUGUGGAUGGUACCUCACUUGCCCACCGACGAGCAGCUGCAGAAAUUCUUGGGCUCUUGGCUCGACUGGGUGGCGAUGCAUUUGCACCACGACUUGCAAGAUCACUAUUAAAUGAAGCAGCAAGUUCUACCGACGCUUCCCAGAAGUGUGCAAUAGCUCUAUCCCUUGGCUGUGUCCACCGCAGUGUUGGCGGUAUGGCGCUAUCAGCCCUGGUUCCUGCUGUCAUUCAGGGUCUCUGCAAUCUCGCAAAAGAUGCCACUGAUGGUCUUUACAUCUGGGCUUUGCAUGGGCUGUGGCUCACCGCUGAUGCUGCAGGCCUGUCUUUCAUGCCGCAUGUGGAGGCGACAUUGUCUCUCUGCAUCGAAAUGCUUCUCUCUGAAGAGCAUUCAACUCCACAAUUGUGGCAGUGUGUCGGACGUGUUGUCAAUGCAAUGAUUGCCGUUCUAGGGCCAGAGCUUGUUCCAGGAAGCCCCGUCUUCUCCCGCUGUAAGAGCAUCGUGGCAGAGAUCAGCACUGCUGUGGAGCCAGCUGCUCAAUUGGAGUGUGUUCUUUACGCCCAGCAGCUUGUGCUGUUUGCUCCGCAGGCCGUCCCUGCCCACGAUAUCGUCCAAACUCUUCGAGCAACUUUGACUUCUCGCCAGCCAUCCUUGCGCCAAGCAGCUGUGGCAACGUUGCGGCAUAUGUCAGAACGUGAUCCGAUGGGAGUUGUGCCAGAAAGAGUGGAAGAAGACUUGCUGGCCAUGCUUGACAAUGAGACUGAUCUAAGGAUCAUCCGCAAUGUCUGCUUGACCCUUGAACGGCUGCAGGAAGUGGCAUGCCCAACGUGUCCCAGCAGGUGGCUGCGACUAUGCCGCAAUGUGGUUCUUGCUGCAUCAUCAACCCGGACGGCUGCCGGAGAUGCCUUCCAUAUGAGCUCAGGACCAUCAAGUCCAACAACAGCGUCUGCUGCAGGGCCAUCUUGGCAGGCAGCGGAUGCAAAUGAUAACGGGGAGGACGAUGAUGAAGACAGCGUCGUGUCGAUCGGGGAUAGGGGAGGGAGGGUAUCUGGUGGAGGCGCUGGAGCAUCUGGUGGGAUGAACAAGCUUGCAGAGGGGAAACUGGCAGAUGCCGACCAAUUGCCCCGGUACCGCACACGUGUCUUUGCAGCAGAGUGUCUUAAUCGGCUUCCGCUUGUUGUGGGUUCGAAUCCGGCACACUUUGACUUACAGAAGGCUCGUGAGGAGCGGCAGAUUGCAGCGUCCAAAGGUGAACCAGCCGGGGACUGGCUAGUCUGCUUGCUGGGGGAGCUGGUUGCGUUAGCCUACCAGGUCGCAACUGGAACAAUGGAGAAUGUUCGACCUCUUGGAAUCGGCUUGCUCAGAACUCUUCUUCAAAAGUUCGGCUCAUCAGAAGACCCUGAUUAUGAAGGCCAUCUUCUCCUAGAGCAAUAUCAGUUGAUCACCUGCGGGCUGACAGGUGGUGACAGAGGAGUUAUCCAGCGUGUGAUGGCGCUGUUAUCACUGCCACUUUCCAAGUGGGAUGAUCUCAGUCACCCUUCAUUUGCUGAAUGGGUUGGAUGCCGGGUCAAAGUGGGGAUUCUUGCAGCGCACGCCGCUAUUAAGAGCUACACAGUCGCGGGGUCCAAAAAUAAAACGGCCUCUCCGACGGAUCUACUACAAGCUUGGGGAAGUAUGCAUUCUGCUGAGGAUCCAGUGAUCCUGAAGCCGUUGCUGUGUAAACAACUCCGUCUUCUUAGUCAGUUUUGGAUCGGCCUUCUCCGAGACUAUGCUGUUGCGAGAAGUCAAAUCCCAGCUGUUCAGGCGGCGUACAAGCCUUUCCUGCAAGCAAGCAAAUCGCCAGCCGUGAUGGCAGCUGUGCGGACCUUCCUGGACGAGGCGUGGGCUGCCAUUUUGGAGGCAGUAACAAGUGAUUCAAUCCCGGCAUCAAAAUAUGGCUGGAUCAGCAACGGCGAUUUGAUAGUGCCAUUGGGAGCUGAGCCGGUUGCAGAAUUGGGUCUGAAGGCAGCAUCUGGAGAGGAAGGGGUAAAGAGGACGAGGACAGAAGGGGAUAAUGCAGAUAUGGGAGGAGGAAUACCUGGUGAGAAAAGGGCAUCUACUGUUGGAUUUUUGAAGAGCAUUGCGUCAGCAAAUGGUUUUACAGUCGCGCAUGGGAAGAGAGUCUCACAUACGGAGGAGGGCUGCAUAGUAUUGGAAGCGGAUGACUUCAUAGUCGUCUGGGCAUUAGCGCUGAUGGUGCUGUGCCAAGGCGGUAGCUCCUUGGAUUCUGUGCAAGCGAUGAACACGUCAAGUCGACCUGCAAUGGGAAUGGGUUGGAUGAUGUAUAUUGGAGGCAGCAGCGGGCCGGCAAUUGGAACAGGGCUGGGUUUGUCUCCUAGACUGGAUGUGGUGGGGUCGCAACUGGCAUCGCUUGGAGCACUGAAGCACCUCACCGGGAAAGAAUUCUGCCUCACAGACUUUUUUUCAACUGAGCUCUGUCGAGAACUCCUUCAGGUACUGAUCGACAUCGAUGUGGAGAAGACCCCUCAAGUUCAGCUAGCCAUUGCAGAACUCUUUGAGAAAUUGAUGACAGGUCUCCCUGAGGAGUACCUUGCAGAUGAGACUGUGAUGAACUCUGGAGCAGAGCUUGGCGUUAGCUACAUGCAUCGUCUCAUUGCACUGGAGGUGGUUAUGACUCGGGGAGAGGCACCAGAGAUUGAACGAGCUCUGUCUUGUGUGAUGAGUGCUCUGACCAAAUAUGCUGCUCGUAUCACUCCUCAGGUACCUCGAAGACGAAGCUGGAGCUAUGGCGCCGCAGAUAUUUGGAGUGAGCAACGUGGAAGGAUGCUUGCCGGUGUGGUUGAGAGUCUGGCAUUGACAACUGAAAAGAUCUUAGGUAAGAAUGACGGGGAGCUAGUGGUUGUGGAGACCGAGGGCGACACUGAGCUUGUCCACCGUCUCCCUGUCGUAUUGACUAUCAUGAGUCAUUUCACACAGUGCCUACUGAGCAAGAAACUGGAGGUCGCACCAAGUUUGCGUGAUUCUUCUCGGAGUCGCUUCAUCACGUCAAUGCACAACGUGCUGACAUCACAUUACCAUCAGAUGCCUCUGACGAGUUCUGCAGCAGCUUCCAUUGGAGAGGCGUUGAAGCUUUUUGUUCUCCUCCACUCGCUUCUUGAUGAUCCAGCUGGCCAGCUCCAGGUCCUUUAUGUGCUGCUUCCAACCAUCAUUGUGGCGGCUGGUCCUCACCUUAACGGAUCGGCGGGCCCGGCCUCGGCAGGUUUGACAACCAUGGCAGUGAAACUGAUCACUCAUUUUGCAUCCAUCCCGACCUCAGCUUCCCAGUUCAAAGACGUGCUUGCAUCGCUCCCCGAGUGUUCCCGGCAGCAACUGCAGGCUGCUGUCAGAGCUUCCAUGGGUUCGUCAACAGAUAGCUACUCUCCCAUGGGGACUCCACAUAGUAAUCCUUGGGGGCUUGGAUCUGGUGUGCCUACCACUCCGCACAGGCUGGCUGUGGGAUUGGGAGGGGGAUUUGCAGCGUUGCAGCAACCGUUUACUGGUGCUGCCUUUUCAAAUCAAGUGGGGUUUGGUAGCACUGGCGGCGCCAGCAAUAUUGGUAUGCAGUUGCAAGCGGAGAUAAACUCCCAGUUUUCACCAGCGGUAGACGACGAGGAGUGGGGCGACUUUGAUGAAGCACCGGUCAGAUCUCAAGGUGUCGGGGUCGAGACGCUGGACUGGACUCAACCCGUAUCCCUCCAGCAAGGAGCUGUUGUUUAUUCAUCUGCAGUUAUAGGAACGAACGCAAUUGGCAAGGACGUGGGAAGUGGCGGGUGGGGGGAGUUCGGAGGUGGGAAUGUUGGACAGCGGAAUGACAGUGUGCUGAUGAGUGCGACGACUGCAGAUGAUUCCGAGGAGGAAUGGGGAAAUUUCUCUUCUUCAGCUCCAAGUCCAUCGUUCGAGACCGCAGUCGACAGGAAUGCCUCGCAAUCCGUGGUUUUUGAUGAUAGCCACAGGAAAGGGAUUGCAUCGUACAGAGCGUCUCGUACAGUGACUUUCGAGGACGAUGACGAAGAUGCAUGGGGCGAUUUCAAAACAGUGAAAUCGCCAUCUUACGCCCCUUCUCAUGAUGCCACAAGCUAUAUUACUUCCGAUAGCCAACCACAUUCUGCUGCAUUUUCCGAUGGCCCGAUGUCAAUAUCGAUACCCCCUUCGAUAGAUCAUGGAAACAUCAGUGAUGAUGAAUGGGCAGAAUUCCAGGAAGCGGUCAGUACCACUUCCUCUGCUGCAGUGUCCCCCGUUAAACUGCCAAGCGAGGAAGGCGCAGAUGCUCCAGAAUGCUCCCGAGCGUCUGCCGAAGCGAAGGCCGUCACUGGCAGUGAGGAAGGCUCUUGGGUGUCUGCGGAAGCCGAAGCGAAGGGCAUCACCGGCAGCGAGGAACCAUGUUGCACACCAGUGACAAGCCCUUCAUCUGCGGCAUCGUCUAAGACAGGGGCGAGCACCAGUCUCCUCGCAUCACCAAGGUCACAGGGCACAGCUGCCGCUGCCCCAUCCAAUGCCGGUCCAGACAAGGGUAGUAUGGAUGAGACAGCGGCGCCGGCGACAGCGGUCAACGUUUCGAGUGCAUUGGGGGACGACGGGGACGGUGUCGGAACCGCAUCUUCAUCUGUGUCUGCAUCAACAUGUGAGGAAGGUGUUGUUAGCUCCUCGUCGACGUGCAAGGAAGGCGUUGUUAGCUCCGCACAAGCUGCAGAGCACAACGGCCUGGAAGAAUCUGCUGCUACAGCGGCGGCUGAUCGAGAUGAUGACGCCCAAGGUGUUCUGGAGGGUGAAGACGACAGGACCGGUGCUGCACCUGCUCCUCGACCAGCAUAUAUGAGCAGCGGUGACAUUUCCCCCAGAAGCGAAGAAAACAUUUCAUGCGAGGAAUGUACUGCUUCUCCUGUGGAUCAUGAUGCCCGCAGCGAAACUGUUGCAGAGAAACGGAACUUGCAACAGGACGAAGAAAUUGUGGCUGGCACCGUGCAUGCUGAUGACACGGUAGCAAUAUUUACAGAGCAGCAGACGGUAACACAAUCAGAAGUAAGCAAAGAAAGGAAAGACAGUAUAGGAGAACCACAGGAAGAGGAGCCUGGACAGAACAAAGAGGAUCAGGACGAGCCCGAGGAAGAGGAGUGUAGAAAGAUCACAGACGAGAAGGGAGAGCCCAAGGAAGCGGAGUUUGGAAAGGAGGAAGAGGAGCACGGAGAGCCCAAGGAAGAGGAGUUGGGAAAGAAGAAAGAGGAGCCCAAGGACGAGGAGUCCGGAGAGAACAAAGAGGGGCAGGGAGAGCCCAAGGAAGCGACAGGGGAAAAGACUGGACACAGCGCUAGCACGACCAUGGUAGGCGGUAGGGCAGAGGUGGCAGCAAUACGAGAGGACGGGAACGAGGUAGGGGACAGUGAGUGACGUCCAUAUCCAUGAGAGGCUUGCGACAGCUCAGAGAUGCACGCUCUGAGCUGUUGUUAAUUCAGCCUAUCACCAGCAGCAGUCUACAGCGACAACAAGACAAACCGAGUGCCAUUCUGACAUGUUACCCGCUCUGGAUGAGUUGGAGUGUGGUCUUUGCUGCACGUUCUGGAGAAGAAACUGCUGUCGCGGAAUCAUGUCUGCAAAUGUUAAGUGUGGAGAGGUGAGGAGGAGAAGAGCACCAAAAGGCACUCCAAGAGGUGGGCGGGGGGGCGGGGGGGAGGCCGGGGACGAGCAAGCAAAGGGCGGGGGCAUGAUGGCUGGUCGGAUUCUUGGGGGCGGUCGGCAGGGAAGGGCGGUUGCUGUGUAGGAUGUGAGCUGUACUGUUGGGGAGGAAAUGGGUGAGCGAAGGGCGGGGCUUGACGGCUGGUCGGAUUCUAGGGGGCGUUUGGCAGAGAAGGGCGGUUGCUGUGUGGGAUGUGAGCAGUAGUGUUGGGGAGGGAAUGGGCGAGGAGAUUGGAAAUGGGGUUUAGUAUUGCUUUGGAUUGAUGAAAUAAGUGAAGUGCACGAGCUUUCAACUGUUUCAACUUUUGGCCUUUUUCUUUCUUUUUAACAUUUUUGCUAAUUGGAUCUGUGUUUGCUACUGUCUUCCCCCGAAUAGAGCAUAGGGUCAUUACCACUCACUCUCUCUGGACUGAAUGUUGCCCCGAAUGCAGUUAUAAUGACUGUACGCUCUAUUUAGGGGAAAACGGUAGCUAUUUGGGAAUGGUCGACAGUGGGUGUCGUCAUCAUAUGGUGAUGGGGGUGAUGGUCUUUGCCCCCCACAAAGCGCACUUAGGAGAUGACGAGAGUGAAGGCUCAAGGUGCAAGACAGGCUGUUCAUUUGGCGCACGUGGGUGAUCAUAAGAAGGUGAGUGAUGAGAUGAAAGUGAGGAGAGGUGAGAUGAGGUGAAAGUGAUUGAAAGUUUUAGAUUUGCAAAAGCAUUUGCUUGUACGAUUAAUCAAUCAACGCAAUGAUGAAUG